AUGGCUGCCAACGUUCCAGCCUCUGACGAAGCUGUCUAUGCUUCUUAUCAAGCUAAAUGGGCUACCCAGCCUGAUAGCUCUGAUGCCUGGCUCGCGAGGGCUCGCGAGGUAUCUGAAGUCUUGUCUCAAGAUGCAGCCCAGCGAGACCAGGAGAACAAAUCGCCUCGCGCGGAAAUCGCGCUUCUGAAACACUCAGGCUUGCUUAAGCUUCUGGGUCCUAAGAAAUAUGGUGGUGGUGAGCAGCCUUGGAGUGUCGGAUACCAAGCCAUUCGCGAGGUCGCCAAGGGAGAUGGUUCCAUUGGAAUGUUGCUCGCUUAUCACCUUCUAUGGUCAACCACUGCCAACGUCGUUGGCACACCGGAACAGAUCGAGCGUACCCAUGAGUUAAUUAUUAAGAACAACUAUUUCGUCGGUGGCGCUGUCAAUCCCCGAGACAGCGACCUUAAGAUCACAUCAGACGGCGAUGACAUUGUUUUCAACGGUGCCAAAUUCUUCAACACUGGUGGUGUUGUAUCCGACCUCACCGUUCUGGAAGGUGUCCUGGAAGGCACAGAAGACCACAUCUUUGCCCUGGUAGAGACCAGACAGCCCGGAAUCAAAUUCGCUCAUAACUGGCACAACAUUGGUUUGCGCCUAACAGAGUCUGGAGGUGUAAAGAUCGAGAACAUUCGGGUCCCAUGGUCCGAUGCCUUGGGCUGGGACGCAGCCACCAAGAAACCAAGAGAGGAUAUCCUGAAGAUCCCAUUUGCCUCUCUACUCCUCCCAACUAUCCAACUGGUCUUCAGCAAUUUCUACCUUGGAAUUGCGAUCGGAGCUCUUGAAUUCGCAUCAAAGUACACUGUCGGCAAUACGCGCGCAUGGCCAUUUGGCGGAGACAACAAAGAAUCAGCAACAGAUGAAUUCUAUAUCCUGGAGCGAUAUGGUAACUUCUUCGCCCACUUGCGAGCUGCUGAGGCGUUGGCCGACCGUGCAGGAGAACAAAUUUCAUCGGUAUACAGCAAAUAUGGUUCUAACCGAGCAAGUCUGACUCCGGAAGAGCGAGGCGAGGCUGCCGAAUGGGUUGCUAGCAUCAAGGUUGUCGCUACAGACGUUGGACUGAGGGUUACUUCAGGUGUAUUUGAAGUGACUGGUGCUCGGGCGACUUCGUUGAAGGUAGGACUUGAUCGAUUCUGGAGGGAUAUUCGUACUCAUACCCUUCAUGAUCCUGUGGCAUAUAAGAACCGGGAAUUAGGGCGAUUUGCUCUCUUGCACGAGUACCCCGAAGCUUCUUGGUACACUUGA